AUGAAUGCAUUCUGUGGUCGAUUCAAUGAAUGUAAUUGGAUAUCGAUUGAUCAAUUUGGUUCUGAUAAUUUGAAGUCUUCCGCAUUUUUCCUAUCCCAUUGCCAUAGUGAUCACAUGCAGGGUUUGGAUAGCGAUCAAUUUUACGCAAUAAUAAGUGGAAAAUUUGCUGCGUUUUACUGCCACAAAAUAUCAAAAACUCUUCUCAGUUCAGAGCAUUAUUAUUCAAGACUGCUAGACCACAUUGUACCUAAAAAUUAUAACGAGAAAUUCACGAUAACUGCUAUCUGUGAUGACGAACAACGUGAGUCAUUGCUCCCAUCAUCAUCAGCUGAUGUUACAUUUCUGGAUGCCCGGCACAUCCCAGGCUCUACUAUGAUCCUUUUUGAAUUUCAUGAUGGCUUUAGACUGCUGUAUACAGGAGAUUGUCGCUUAUCAAAAGAUGAUUGGAUCACUUGUGACACGCUCAAGGAUCCACUCACCAGCUCUGGUUUUAAACGUCUUGAUGCACUAUAUUUUGAUAGUACAUUCUGUCGAAAGGGAGCAGAAAAUAUACCAACUUUGAAGCAAAGUUGUGCACUUUGUGUUAAGAUGGUGAAGGAUUGGUUGGAAAAAGAUUCAAAUAAUAAAGUUUUAAUGUGGUGUGGUAGAUUUGGCCAUGAGCUUCUAUUGAAAGCGAUUUGGGAUGAACUCCGUAUUAAAUGUCAUGUAACCACGAUGAAAUAUCGCAUCUAUUCAAAAAUUGAUUUUCUUUCUGACUGUGUAACGCCGGUUGCACGAGACACUCGGGUACAUGCAUGCAGCACAAAACCGAGUGUAACAGAAGAAGUUUUUUAUGAGAAUAAGCAAAAUGUGGUAGCAAAGAGAAAGGAUCACGUCAACUUCAAACAAAAGAUGUCAACCUGUUGGCAGUGUCGUCCAGAUCACAAUAGUGUACGAAUAAUAAAACCCUCAGCAAUUUGGUUUUUGAGGAGAAAUAAAAAAAAUGCACUGGGAUAUGAAAAUAACAGAUUUUGCCGCCUAUUUUAUUCGGGCCAUUGUUCGCUUACCGAAAUAGAGGAUGCUUUUAGCUUGUUAAGGCCUGCGGUCGCUUAUCCAAAUACUACAGACAAACGUAGCAGAGAUUUUGUUGAUAAAUUAUCAAAGUACUUUAGGCCUUACUGGUAUGGUAAUUCAAUAGCACCUAUCAAGUUAUCGAUAGGUACUGAUAGCGCUACAACUGAAGUAAUUACUGUAUCAGAUUCUCGAAAAACGUUAAAGCGAAGUGCAAUUUGCGAAGUGGAUGCAGAUGACGACGUUAUUGAAGUAAGAAAUUUAAAUUCUUUCUGCCACGAUAUUCUCGAUUAG